ACUUGCGUCUGUAGAAGGGUCUGGACCCGACAUGGUCACUUAUUCCUUUUAUUCCCCCAGAGAUGCUGCCUGAUCCGCUGAGUUACUCCAGCUUUUUGUGUCUAUGCUCGAUGCAAACCAGCAUCUGCAGUUCCUUCCUUGGCACUUCAAUAUAAUCCGGCCUAGCAACGAGAGGUUCUAUUAUUUAUUACCAAGCGCCACGAAAGGGAGGUGUAUUUUCCUUCCCUCGGUGUACGGUGAGUGGGAUGGAUGUUGGUUUGGAAUUUGUGAAUGCGGGGGAUAGGCGGUGUGGAAGGCGGCCGCUGGAAGGACCCCGGUGAGGAGGACAGUUGGCGGAGUGGAUGUUUCUGAUUCGUCAAUUAAUGAAGAUGUCUAAUGAUCAUGCUCUAUUAAGUCGCUUGGAGCAGAGGGCUGUUGAAGCUGACCAAGUCAUUGAAUACCUUAAACAACAAGUGGCACUACUUAAAGAGAAAGCAAUUCUCCAGGCUUCCCAAAGAGAAGAAAAGAGACUUCGUGUUGAAAAUGCAAAGUUGAAGAGUGACAUAGACGAUUUAAAACAGAAACUCGUUGAAGCGGAGACCUGUAAUGGAGUUAAACAAAUGCCACUUCCAUCAGUGGCUUUCGUUCAGUCCACUUGUUUGUCUCCACAAACGGCAGUGGCUACUACAAAGGCAAAUGUGAAAACACCAGACGUAAGUGAAGACAAAGAAAAGCAAGAUAAGCCGGACAAGAAACCAGAUAAAAAAGGAGAAAAGAAAGAGAAGAAACAGACAAUGGGAAGUGGCGAUGAUUCCAAACCAAUUGACGUUUCUCGCUUAGACCUACGUGUUGGGUGCAUCACCUCUGUUAAAAGGCAUCCUGAUGCUGACUUGCUUUAUGUUGAAGAGGUUGAUGUUGGAGAAACCAAUCCGAGAACUGUUGUCAGUGGACUUGUGAAACAUGUGCCCAUGGAUGAGAUGCAAAAUCGACUGGUAGUAAUGCUAUGCAACCUUAAACCAUCUAAAAUGCGGGGAGUACUCUCUCAAGCCAUGGUGAUGUGUGCAAGCUCCCCAGAGAAAGUUGAAAUCUUGGAUCCUCCGUGUGACGCUCUUCCUGGGGAGAGAGUAACUUUUGAAAACUAUCCUGGUGAACCUGACAAGGAGCUAAAUCCAAAGAAGAAAAUAUGGGAUCGUAUUCAACCUGACCUGAGGACCAAUGAAGAAUGUAUUGCCACAUACAAAGGAACUCCAUUUGUAGUGAGAGGAAUGGGCGUUUGCAAGUCUCAGACAAUGGCUAAUAGUGGAAUCAAAUAAUAAUGUCUAAUCUUGCAGAGAAUACAAUAAAUGCUUGAAAACAUAA